CAAUUAAUUGGAUACGUUGUCGGGAUGUUCGUUUCUCUCAUCUGCUACUUAGAAAGACAAAGGAUCGAUGGGGGGCUGUUGACACCUCUGUGUCCGGGUGGGGUAUAAAUGAGGAGUCUCCGCGGAGGAGCAGCAUUCACUUUCUCGCCGCACUUGGAGCAACGACUUGUUUUCUACAGAGACCUUCCAGAACUUCUGUUUCCACUUUAAAAAAGACAAAAACCAUCUGGCAGAAUGCAGGUGCCCAACAAACUAGUCGGGACUUAUGGAUACUCUGUGCGUAAUUACGCACCAGCGUCGCUGUACCCGCAGUACCAGGGGAGCCAGUGCGCGUCGUCAACGAAGCCUCCCAGUGGGAAAUCUUUCACCAUCGAAGCUUUGCUCGCCAAGCCGGAGGACACGACCAGAGGCCGGACGAGUCCCGCUCAGUGCGGAGUGAAAUAUCAGCCAGCAGCCCCGGCUCUGCCUCUCACCGGACACGUAGGCUUGCCCAUGGCGCCGGCACCUUACGUCUACUCACCAAACAUGUUGCACUCAGCUGUUCACACACAGCCCGGAUAUUCAAUCUACUGCUGCCCGCCUUUCAGCUACCAGUCGACGUGCCGUGGCACGUUUUACGCACAAGCAUCAAUGUCCAAGGUCAACGCAGGCCUGCAUUCGUUCAAAACCAAAGGUGGGAAGUCGAAACGGAUGCGCACCAGCUUCACCAGCGAGCAGCUGUCCCGGCUGGAGAAGGAGUUUGCCCGGCAGCAGUACAUGGUCGGAUCCGAGAGGUUCCUCCUGGCCUCCGCCCUGCAGCUCACAGAGGCUCAAGUCAAAGUCUGGUUCCAGAACCGACGCAUCAAGUGGCGCAAACAGAGCCUGGAGCAGCAGCAGGCCAAGCUGGCCAAGCUGGGCCUCGCGGCCCCGCCGAAAAGCCCCGGGUCUCAGGGGCACGGGGAUGAAGGCGAUGAGGACGAGGAGUUCUCCGACUCAGACGUGGACAUUGACGUGUCUGAUGACUGCACCGACCACUGCUAACCUGCCACCACCGGACCCCUGAAAAGACUUUUUGUACAUACAGCUGAGGAAGGAGGCCUCUGUCUCCCACUAUCAAUAUUUAAUAGAUGUAUAGUUAUAUAUUUAAUUUUCUACACGAAUUGCUCUUUGACGAGUUUGCUUCACGUGUUGAGUGUUUGUAUAUUUGAAUGAAAUAUUCAGAAAUAUAUUUUAUGA